AUGUCGACGCCUAUCCGUGAGAUUGAGGCAGGCAUUGACGCUGUGAAAGAGCAGACGUAUGCCGCUGGUCUCCUCGGGCAGGGUCUCUUGGAGCACCAGCGCAUGCUCGAGGCCCUGCUCGAGGAGCUCAAUGAUCCAAAUAAAGGUGAUCAAUCCAUGGAAAUUGCGGAACGCGUGCAAGCAGAACUGCAGGAUCUCCAAGAGCAGCGCGAUCGGCUCUUCCAGGAGAUUAGCGUCGCCCUAUCGAUCAGCGGCCCGCGCCACAGCAAUAUCACGCGUCAAUUGCAGUUUGGAUUCUCUCCAAGUCCAUCGUUUCAAUCUCGUGAUGAGCUGGAGCGUAUGCGCCAGGGGAAGGUAGAUGCGGAAAAACAUUUCGAGGCUAUGAAGGCACGUGUGCUUGAGCUGGAGCGGAAGCAUGAUAUCUUUAAGCAAGAGAACUGGGACCUGUAUGUGAUGCAGCAACAGCUAGAAGAGAAGCUCGCUAAUCGGUCAUCUGCUCAGACUAAGACAGAAAUGGAUCGACAGCGCUUGUCCAAAGAACUCGAAAAUCUGCGAGAGUCAUUAGAGCAGCAGCGUGCUCAGUUCCAGGAAAAUGAAGAAGCUUUGAGCAAGCUGCGUAAGCAACGGGAGACGGAAGAUGCUCAAGGACGUCGUGAACGUGCUGGAUUUCGCCGCAAUAUCUCUGAUCUGCACGGACAGCUCAAGAAGCUCCAGUCGGACUCUACCCCUCAUGUUCCGAGGCCUCUGGCAUCGUCUGAUGGUGUGGAUCACAUAAGAGAAAUUGUGCAUGAAGCGCCCAGGGCAUUGGAACAUGCCUCAAUCAUGGAGGAAGGGGCCAGUGAUCGUGCUGCAGAUGUACUUAUGUCCCUGCCCAGCAAUCCGGAAGCAGAUGAAUUGCGUGCUAAGCUGAGCGUGGCGAUCAAGCGACUUGGGCGUGAUACGCAGCAGCAGCGUAAGCUGCGUGAACAAGUGUCAGAACUUCGGAGGCUACUGUCCAACGCUGGUGUUACCGUGCCGCAAGACGACCCUAGUGAUAAUGAAGCAGACGACGACGAUGCUUGGGUCUCUUUCGAUGAAAAACCCGAGUCGCCCCAGAAGCGUCGCUUUUAUCCCAGUGAUUCGCGUCGUGUGUUGUCCCAUGGUGCAUCCAUGCACGCAAUGGCGUCAGGUGCGCCCGCAUCUGAGUGGGUGGACACAUCUACAGGCGACGAUAGUGUGGUGAUCAAGGAGCCAUCGCUGGAUCCAUCACUUGCCAACUUGCUAAGUGGCUCUACGCUGCCGCGUUCUGAGAGCAUGAGAAAAUUACCGACGUCCAAUGGCGGCCUGGACAUGGAACUUGACGCGGGUGGUUAUCAUGUCAAGUCAGACAUGCUUGAUGUCGACACCAUGACGGAUACGCAUCCUCUCGAAGCAGAGUUGAAGGAAGCUCGUGCCCAAUUCCAGGCUGAGAUCGAACGGCUUGCGAAUGACCAUAAAGCAGAGUUGGAUGAAGUCCAUGCCAAGCAUAGUCAUGCAAUUUCUUCGUUGUCCACUGCUCACGAGAAAGCGCUCGAUGACAAGUCGACGGAAUCGUCAGCGACAUUGGAGCAAAUACGCACGGCUCAUGCAUCUGAGCUGGAUCAGCUUCGUUCUAAACACAAGGAUGAGCUACUCGAAUUUGAGGCGUCUCGCUCCAAGGCAUUGUCCUCCUUGGAAGCCAACCAUACUAAGGCCAUCCAAGAUUUGAAACAGGCUCAAGCUGAACAAAUUAGCUUGCAGCAAAACACUCAUGCCGCGGCGGUCGAAGCAUUAAAGCUGCAACACAUCAAGGAUCUUGAUGCACGGACGGCGGAUCAUGAAGCUACGUUGAAUAAGCUGUCAGAGGAGCACAAAGAUGCUGCUGCACGCCAUGAGGCAGCUCUGGCAGCGCUGAAAGCCUCGCAUGCCACGGACCUGUCAGAGCAAAAAGUCGAGGCAGAGCGGCAACUUUCCAAACUCAAAAAAGAGCACGCUGAGACUCUCGCGGCUCAUGAAAGUAUCUUAAAACAAGUGCAGGAGGAGCACGCGUCAGCUCUUUCGACGCGUGCCAAAGCACAUGACGAGGCGAUAGCCAAGCUCAAGGAUGAACAUGCUCAAUCCUACAAGGAUCUCGUGACCCGGCAUGAAACAGAAUUAUCUGACGCGAACAAGGCACUCUCGAUGCACGAAGAGCAAAUGGCCAUGAUGCGUGAUGCGCAUGCUUCCGAGCUCAAGGCCAAGAUUUCUGAGCAUGAAAAGAUAAUUGAAAGCCUGAAAGCAAGUCAUGCUAAGGGACUUCACGAGCUUGUUGAGAAACAUCAAGCUGAACUUGAACAAAAGGAAGCUUUGCAUACGAAGGAGGUGGAAUCCAAAAUGGCUGAGCGCACCAGGGCAUUUGAAUUGCUUUCUAAGGGACAUGCCGCAGAGCUUGAAAAGCAACGCAAUGAAUUCACUGAGGAUCGUUCUGCACGCAACAAGACAUAUGGUUCGAUUCUUGAUAAGCUAAAGAAAGAACUCUCGGACAAGGUGGCCGAGCACGCUCAAGCAGUCAAAUCACUACAAACUUUAAAUGACCAGCACUCUCAAACUAUUGAGGAGCUUAUGGAGAAGCAUAGAAUCGCUCUUUCAUCCAAGGACGCAGAUCACCUUAAUGAGAAGGAUGCAUGGCAAAAAUCUAUGGAUAUGCUGCAGACCAAGACUGACGAGUACCAGGCUGCUAUCCAAGCUCUCGAGAAAGAGAAGCAGACUCUAUUAGAUGAGCACGCCAAGCGCAUCGAGGAAUUGACACAGUCGCAUGAGUCCAGACUCUCUGCUCAGCGCAGUGAACAUAUUAAAGUCCUCGAUUCUGACCGACAAACUCUUAUCAACGAGCAUGCCAAGGUUCUUGACGCAUUGAAACGAGCUCAUGCCAAAGAAUUGAGUCAAUCCAUUGCUACUCAUAAUGAUGCCCUUGCGUCACUCGAGAAACGCAUCAAAGACGAAUACGACCAGUCUAUGAAUGACCUGCAUGCCAAACAUGUUUUGGAGCUCGAAACGCUUAGGCAAAGUGUCGCGGAGGAACAGGCCAAGGCAACAGAAGCAGUUCGCGCUGGGCACGCUAAGGAGCUCGAGAAGCUACAAAAGCAAUUGGCCGAUGAGAAUUCGCGCGCAUCGAAAGCAGAGGAAAGUCUUCGCGCUAGGCAUUCCGAUGAGACCAAGGCACUAGAACAGCGCUUGGUUGAAGAGCAAUCUAAGGCUGCAGAAGCUCUUCAAAUGUGCGCAGAAAAUGCCAAAACUGAAGCCGCAAAGGCUGCAGAAAAUCUCCGCGCCAGUCACAUGAAGGAACUUGAUGCAUUAAAGAGGUCUGCACACAACGAAGCUACGCAGAACGCGAAGGCCUUGGAAGAACUUCGCGCGAAUCAUGCGGAUGAGCUGGAGUCUUUAAAGACAAAGCUGGCCAAUGAAGCAUCCAGGGCUGCUGAAGCUGCGGAAAAGCUUCGUGCCGAGCAUGCUAUGGAAAUAAAAAGCCUCCAGCAGAAUGCAGCCGAUGAAGCGUCCAAGAGUAUUGAGGCUUCAGAGGCUCUCAGUGCAAGACACGCGAAAGAACUUGAAACUCUCAAGCAACAAUUGGAGCAAGGACAGGCUAUCGCCAUGGAAACCCUCCGUAACAAGCAUGAAAAGGAGCUUGAGACGUACCAAAAGAAAGUUGCGGACGAGAAGGCCAAAGCUGGUGAGGCUACUGAGCAGCUGCGUGCCGAACAUGUCAAAGAAAUUCAGGCCCUUAAGCAGAGCUUGAUGGAUGAAAUGACACAGGGCGCUGAGAAACUAGAGAAGCUUCGCUCUGAACAGGAAAGUCAACAUAAUGAAUUUGAACGCGAGACAAAAGCCAAAUAUGCUGCUGAAGUGGCAUCUCUCACAAAGAAACAUGAUGAGCAAGUCCAAGCCCUUCGAGAGCAGCUUACAGAACAAAAUGAAAGGGCUAAUAAGUCAAUGGGGCAGUUGCAAACCGAACAUGCUGAAGCUCUUAAGGCAUUACAGCAAAGUAUGGCUGCUAACUAUGCCCGUGAUCAGGAAGCUCUACGAACUGCACACGCAGCAGAGCUAGAAGAACUGAAGGAGACAAUAUCUGCCGAGCUGCAGUCUAAGCAUGCCAAGGACCUCGAGGCUCUUCAGCAAACUGCCACGAGCGAGCAAACCACAGCCGCUCAAGCAUUCGAGGCACUCCGUACUACACAUGCGCAGGAGCUGGACACAUUGAAGCAGCAUAUGGCUGCUGAGCAAACAAGUGCCUUGGAAGCCAUUCGUUUGCAGCACAAUAAAGAUUUGGAGGCCCUAAAGAACAGUGUUUCGCUUGCGGAAGGUCGUCGUGACGAGCACGCUAGAGAACUUGAGGCACUAAGGCAAACACAGUCAGAAAAAGAAGCGCUUCUUAUCAGUAUUCAAUCUCAGCUGAAUGAAGCACAAACUGAGUACCAGAGACAGGCUCAGGCACAUGCUACAGAGCUUGAUGAACUUCGCCGCAAGCACGAAAAUGAUAUCCAAGCCCUGCAGCGCACGCUGGACACUGAACGCGACCAGUAUACCACUGAGCAACGAAAGGCAAUGGAUGCACUGCAAAAGGAACAUAAGAGCGCGGUAACAAGCCUUAUUGUCAAGCACGAGUCCCGGAUUGCCGCUGCUCAGAAUGAGCGACUUAGUUCGGCAGAAAGUACCAUCAACUUGCUACAAUCGCGGCGAGAUGCUGCUGACAAGGAACAUUCGGCGGCGCUGGAAAGCUUGACUGGGGAGUAUGAGCAGAAGCUGAGCGCCCUAAAAGAGCAGCAUGCUUCAGCUUUAGAGAAUUCGCUAGCGAAGCACGCGGACACAAAAGCGGAGCAUGAGGCUGCAUUGGCAUCACUUACCCGAGACCAUGCCAAAGCCAUCGAAAUGAUGGCCACGAAACAUGCCGCUGAUCUCGAACGGGCUCUUCACGAUGCUCGUAACGCUCAUGCAACUGAGUUGAAUGAUAUGCGUGCAUCGCAUGAACACGCGCUCGCUUCAGUCUAUUCCGAACAUGCGACGCAUCACAAGGCCUUGCAGGACGCCGAGUCUCGUUUGCAUAUCUUGACAAGCAAAGUCGCCGAGGCGCAAAAUGCACUCACUUCUAUGCGCUCGGAAGCUGCUGAAUAUCGUGCUGCAGCGGAACAAGCUCAGGCAUCGCUUGAAGAGCACCAACAACAGCUCGCCGCUCGAGAACAAGAUGGCGACGAUACGUUACGGGCUGAGCAAGCGUCUGAAAUGCAAGCGUCUCGCCUGCAGCACUACGAGGCACUUUCUGCUGAGCUGCGCAAGCAACUUUCUCUGAAAAAUGCUGAAAUGGCUGCUGCGCUGCGUGCCAAGGAACGUGAUAUGGAAGAGCCUCUAGCGGAGCUUGCCGUAUCCCGUGCUGAACGUGAGCGUCUCAUGCAGCAGGUAUCCGACUUGACGGCUCAGCUGCGUGAAACACGCGCGGCGCCACCACUGACUUGGACCGCUGGCUCUCAAACCCCACUUACGCGGUCCCCAUCCGUGGCUACGAGUCACUAUGCGUCGCCUAUAAGCUCUCGAGGUGACCAGAGAACCGUUUCGGAAGUCGAUGACGACCAUGCGGUCGGGGAGGUUCCCGCUUGGGUCGGUACAGCGGCUGCUCCCGUUGCGUUGCCGGGACAUAUGAGCAAUAUUGAUCCGGAGGUGGCUGAUGCUAUCAUCCAGUGCAUGCGUGGUGAAUGGCUUUACAAGUAUGCGACGAGCAUGUUUGGCGCUGAGCGACGACACAAGCGUUUCUUUUUCAUCAAUCCAUUUAAUCGCACUAUACACUGGACCUCCGAGGAGCCUCAAGCGUCGACUGCGGGGCACGUUGCGCGGUCCAAGAAUGCGUUUAUUGAUCAGGUCGCUCUGAUGGACGACUACAACAUGAACCCGUCGGGUCUGUACUACCAGACGAUUGUGAUUCAGUCAGGACACCGUGAAGUUAAAUUCACGGCGCCCUCCAAGGUGCGACACCGAAUUUGGUGCACGGCACUGGGAUAUUUGCUCCAAUCUACUGAUUCGCCAGUAAUGGGCUCAGCAAACGCGCCUGGCGCAAAGGUCUCCAUCCCUCUUGAAGCGGGCAAUACUGUUACAUCCUUUAACAGCAGCCUGACUCCGAUGAGGCCUAAGUCUAUCUUGUCUCACUCACAUUCGAACAACGAUUCCUCAUCGCAUGUCUCAAUUAUUUCUCGUUCUAUGCAUCAUGCACCACUCACUCGCCACUCCACCGUUCACGCUACGCCCCCCGUGCCACUGAUUUCUCGGUCGACGCGCCGCUCUCACCCAGACAAACGCGUGCUCAGUGGUCCAAGCGCACAGCCACCACUGCGUGCGGCCGGUCUGAUGGAGGGACCUGCUACCAAAGCUAUUUUUAACCUGCCGCAACCUCCAAAUGUGCCACCAGCUGUUAUUUCUAUGUCGACACCGUCUAAAGAAUCUCGUCGGAAAUCCACAAGGUGGUGGUAA